GUUCUACUUCUGUACAUAGGAUAACGUUUAUAUUAGAGGUGAUCAGGACUUGGGUCAUAUCAUUUGGCGCAGACCCAGGGUUGUGAUUGCAAACACUACAACACUACAAUAGCUGUGCAAUCGCCAUACCACGGUACAUGUAUUGCCAGUGGAAACCCACCACUUCCUGACUAGUCCUAGUGCGAUACAACAACGACAGUCAGCACUGUAUUCCGCUAAUCUGGAUCAGUCUGGUGUUGUUUUCUCUGUUGGCUAGUGCACCCUAAACAAAAACGCACUGUCUGACUGUGCUGGAUGUGGUAUCCGGCUCUGUUUCCUUCUGCUUGUUUCUUUGCCGUGUUGCAACCACUCUGUGACAUGGCUUUGCAUGCAUGGCUGAUUAGCAUUCUAUGCAUGUAUUCACCAUUGCAUGUAUUUGGGACUGGGCAUGGGUACUCCAGUCCUAGUUUGCUUCCCUCGCCUGAAAUUGACAAGAAACAUGAGUGCUCCGUGGUGGAGGAGCCCUGAAUGAGCUACCAGCGGUAGUGUGGCACGCUGUUUGCCAUUGGCUGUUAUUCCUCCAUAGCCUGUUAUAACAGCUAUGAUGAAGGCAAUCCGAAAGCUGUUCAGGCGUAAAAGAAGGAAUGGCACAAGUAGAAUGAAGGGUGCCAGUCCGGACAGAGCGAGUGCUGGGAAGGCACGCGUCCUUCAGCAGGGUACCGGCGACGUGGCCUUCAUCCAGUCCUGCCUGCCAAAGGUGCCAGUGAGCUACAACCCUGACUGGAGAUGGUAUUCUAGUUGCAAUCUAACCAUUCAUAAUCGAGAAGCAGGAAGCGUGGGUCGAGAGCUGUGCUUUUCAGUGGCGCAGAAGAGCAAAUGGCUUGGUCGAAAGAAGUCCACGGAGGUGGGAGUGGGUACACUGCCAUUGUCCAUUCCUCUGCAUCGUCUCAAUGGCGUUCACCCCGUCACCCUCUUCAACGACCUCUCUGGCAAAAAAACGCAGGCGUAUCAUUCCUGCAUUCUGGCGUUUUCUCCGCUCAACACAAGUGCAGUCACUGGCAGUAGCAGUGGCAGCAAAGCCAAAGGGGCCAUGCAAGCCGCGGCUAUCUCCGCGGGCUUUCUACUCGGUCUUCGGUUUGACACGGAGGCAGAGCUGCUCAUGUGGGUUGCUGCUAUCAAAGAUGCUGUCUCUUCGCCGAUUGGCUCAAGCCACCUUCCCAGUGUGUUCCACGUCACCGUGCCGCGCCAUCAAGUGAUCGACGCGCAGGACGCACUGCUGAUGCUCGAGCCGGUGACGCCGUACCCGAGCAAGGUUGUCCUGCGCCAUGCCAUCACCCUGGACACCAUAUACGAGGUCGAGCUGUGGAAGGUGGUUUCCAUUGGCCACCGCCUGGAUGUCGCUCAGCUGUGGAUUGAGGCGGUCCCAGCGACGACGAAAAGUCGCGACAAUGUCAUGCUGACCGUGCUGUGCAACGACGUUCCCAAGGCCAGUGAAGCGCUGCGCCAGGCCAUUUCUCCACAUCUGAUGUAUGAUGAAACACUGGUAGAGGAUGUCAGCAACCAGCUAGUCACCUAUUGCAAGCGCCGUGUUCAACCCAACAGCACCCAGAACGGUGCAUCAUCACCCACACUAAAGUCUAGCCUGGCUGCCGUCGCUCUCUCACCAGACCGACGUGGUAGCUCUGUAUCGACCAACAGCUCCAUCUUCUCAUGGAAGAGUCUACCCAACCUGCAGAAGGAAUCUAUCAACUGUGUGUAUGGCUCGAUCGGUGACACAGCCAGCUCGGGCUCUUCAGAACACCUUCCCGGCUCUGUUUCUUCCAACUCUGCUGCACUGCAGGCUUUGAAGCCAUUUGCUGCUGUGCCGUCUUCCGUGCGCCAGGCAGAUGUGAGUCAGCUGUGCCUUGAUGAUAGGCCCUACGAUCUAACUCCUCUCAAUCCGGCCAGUAAAUAUCGCAACAUGCUCAGCCAGCAGUCGACACACUCACUGCCGUCCACCAGAAUCAUCUCCGCUGACCACCGUAGCUCCAGCUUGCACGAUCUGCGCUCCAUCGGCGUGCAGCAUCGACGGGACAAGCUGCAGGCCAUGCCAAAAGCCAUCGACAUUCACAACCUGGAGGUGGGCAGACUCAACUCUCGGGCUAAGCUUCUGCCGGGCCAGCUGGACAUGCCCGGUGAUGACUUGGCAAUUAGCACGUCUGAUCGCCCUUUGACACCUGACUUACCUGAAUACCAAAAUGUUCUAAGUGAUAAACCCCUGGUGUCCAUGACAGUUGGUUCGGAUAGAAGUAUGCCUGGCCCAGAUGGGUACUCAAAAAUUCCUCCAGAUCAGAGCCCGGCCAAUACAACAACGGCCAUGGAUCGUGUCCGUAAAAUGGAGGAGCGCCGUCAAGCCUUCAAGUCAGAGUCUUCUCUUACUCAUGCAUCUACUCUGCCGCGGUCGAUGGGUCGACCUGUUCAGGACAGCGUCCGUGCAGGUCGCAACGAACUGCCUCUGCCUGAUCUAAAUGCAGAGUAUGUUGACAUGUCCGGCUCUGCUGCAGGUGCAGUGGUGGCAGCGUCCGGGGCACCUGUUCACUCCGCCCGACAUUCAGUUGCUGCAUUGAGUCAUGCUGCGUCACUCGGUCAGCUACCGCUGAUCCCACGUACUGCCAGUAGUGUUGGUGGCAGGAGACCGCACAAUGAAUCACAGUGUCGCAGUGGCACGCUCAGUUCCAAUAGUGAUCAGUCGCUAAGCCCAACUGGAAGCGAUAAUGCAUUUGCUUCUCAUUACUAUCACGAUAUCUCUGUGCAGUCACAGAAGAACUCAACCGCAGUGUCACAAGCACAGCCAUCUAUACACACUGCUGCUUCUCGUUCAAAGUCAACCCCGAAUGCCGUCGCCAACAAACUCUCCGCUCCUCCUGAAGAGCCCAAGGCGUUGCAGCGUGCAAAGAAGAUUUCGAGCCGCAGAAAAGAAGCUGCGAAUGCAAAGGCUCCGCCACCGCCAGGGCAGGCCAUUUCAAUGGAGCCUCUCAUGCCGUCCACCACAGCGCCCAAUGCAAGGCCAGUUGUGACACCAACUAUGCUGCCAGCUGACUCCACGUACACUACAACAACGCAUGUCCAAGAAAGGCGAGCUGCUUUGAAGUCCAGGAGCACAAGCGAUGAUACUCUGUCCGAUGUCAACUAUGCUCGUUUGGAUUUGAAAAGUGCAGCUCCUGCUAAAACUGGCGUAGGCAAAGUUUCACCUGAAGGCACAUCCAAGUCAACCACUGAGAAUGCUGACAUGAAUGCUGCGUCCGUUGUAAGCAGUACGUAUGAUAUACCUCCGCCACCAGUGCCCUUGUCAAAUGCUGAUAGUGAUGCUGCCUCUCAAGCUUCAUCGCAUAAUACAUACGAUGUCCCGCCACAUCCGGUACCUGCACCAAGGUCCGGAGAGAGUAGUGUGCCCCUCAACUCCAUCCACGAAUACGAUGUACCUCAAAAAGGCUCCAGCUUGCAUGUCAGCAGCAAUACUGUAUCUUCGAGCACAAAUACAUCCAAUGUGCCUAGUCUUGCUCCGUGUCCAGGACCUGUUGCCGAGGAUCCUGGUACGUACGACGUCCCACCUCAUCCGGUACCUGCCGUUAGGCCCGGGGAUAAUGGACCGUCCCUGAAUUCCGUGCCAGAACGUGAAUCACUUCCCGCACGAAAUUUCAAUGACACCCCUGACCAUACGAUGACACCUGUGGCGAAAGAUUCCAGUUCGAGUGUCAGCGAUAACAAUUCGUCUUCUGUCAUGUCAGCUGAUGUACCUGAUCUAUCACCGCGUUCUUUGCAUGCUGCUGAAGGUCCUGAUACCUAUGAUGUUCCACCACGUCCUGUGCCAGCAGCAAGACCUGUGGGCAGCAAUGCAUCCCUCAAUUCCCAACAGUCUGAUGAUGUUCCGCCACUCCCAGCGCGAAACUAUGAAGAAGUUCCCAAGAGUGGAACUUCACCACCGACUAUAGCCCAAUCCGGCUCAGAUGUCAGCAUCACGUCAUCUUCAGUCGAGUCUUGCAAUGCUGCUGAAGGUCCUGAUACCUAUGAUGUUCCACCAUGUCCUGUGCCAGCAGCAAGACCUGUGGGCAGCAAUGCAUCCCUCAAUUCCCAACAGUCUGAUGAUGUUCCACCACUCCCAGCGCGAAACUAUGAGGAAGUUCCCAAGAGUGGAACUUCACCACCGACUAUAGCCCAAUCCGGCUCAGAUGUCAGCAUCACGUCAUCUUCAGUCGAGUCGUGCAAUGCGUCUAGUCUCCCACCUCGUCCUGGACCUGAUCAUGCCGAAUCUUACCACGUUGACAUCCGCAAUAUGCUGACAACGGUUAGCGAGACAGAAUCCCUGGCUGAGUGUGGUGCGGGUAACUCAUAUGACGUACCUUCCACGCUAGCACGGCGUCCCACCAGAAAGCCUAGUUAUGAGGAGGUCAUACUGUUUGCUGAUGGUCGUGGCUUAGCAAGUAGUCCCGCAGUGUUCUCCACUUCCAGAGACAGUGGAUCGCAACAAGACGGAAACGGCAACGUCGAUGAUGAUGAAUACAUGAGCAUGGACAGUGCCCGUGCUGCUCACGCCAAGAUGAGUGUACCGGUGCCCGCUCCCAGAAGCAAACUUCCUGCAUCCAGUAAUAAUGAUGUGUCCACUGCUAGCGAAGCUGAUUUGCACCAGCCAUUGCUGGCACCGCAGCAGCAGCCCGGCCGGCCAAGAGACAAUCAUUACAUUGAUGUUAAAAUAGAUAUGAGAGCUGGCCUGCCACGCUAUCCUGCUCGCUCGCAUGUCACACAGCAGUUGGAUGAAGAUGAUCAGUACGUCAACUUGAGCACCGAUGAGAGAACUGGCCCACCGCGGUACAUGGCUGAGUCCCAGUCCCAGACGGGUGUGUAUUCGUCACAAGAUGUACUGUGUGAUUCUGACGACGACCAGUACGUGUCAGUGGAGUCCCGGCGAUUGUUCAGUGAAACGUCCGGUGCUGCCUGGGCCAAUACCGUCGAUGAAGACUGUUGCAGUCUCGUGUCGACACGCAAUGUGUACUCGUCUGUAGACGAGCUUGACAACACGGCAGUUGUACUGGGAAACACCAGCCUGCAGCGUGGCAGUCGGCCCCGCUUUCUUGUCAGCCGCACGGUCACAGUUGACGACAAUUACAUGGACAUGAGCGACACGCUGAGAAAGAAGCGACAGCAGCUUGAAAGUACACCUGCCCAGACCUCAGUGAACAGUAGCACUGACUAGCCUAUUUGUAGUGCAACUUGAUUUUUUGCCCACUAGCCUUUUAAUACUAUACUUGCUGUACAGCAUACAACAGCAAUCAGCAUAUCAUAAACCACUACUCUGUGACGUUAAACACGUUUGUGUGGUGACUCUCCACUAUUCAGAAUUGCUUAUUUUGACGCAAGAAAGCACAAAAACCAUAUCACUGAAAUCCGCUGCAUACUAUGAAAAUAGACAUUCUCUGAUGUACAUGUAAUUCAAUUGAAAAUACUAGUAGAUGACAACAUGUUUAGCCACUAUGCAGCUGGCUGAAGAACAUCGUAUCCCGGUGAGAAUACGGUAACAGAAUAUUACAUUUGGAUUGUUCUGCUCAUUUUGUCGAAUCAGACAUUAUUGUACUAUAAUUAGUACCAAUGCUCACAAUAGCUGUCUUAUAUUGGUCAUGCCCUUUCAGUAUUUUAGUACAGUAUUUCUAUCAUAUGUUCCAUACAAAAGUGCUCUUGAUUGCACCCAACCAGUUUGAUAUUUAGCCCGAA